AUGCAGGGCGCUGCGCAGUCUCUGAGAGCCAGGAAGGCUGCUGAAAAGAAGGCGGCUAAGGAAAAAGCCGUUUUGGAGGCAAACUUCAGACCUCCUACUCCUCCCGAGGCCAACCCUGAGGUCGUUAUUGGUGCCGAGGCAACUGAUGAAGCUCGGGAUAUGGUUUCGAUCGUUCCCGAGGUGGUCGGGCACAUCUCCCCUACGACCGAUGUCCCCGAGGUGGUAGGGGCUCUUGUCGUUGCUGCUCCAGCCACCGAGGCGAAAUCCAAAACUAGGGGAAAAAGACCCCGAGGUGAUGGCUCGGGAGUUUCUAGGAAGGAGAAAAGGAGUCGUAGCGAAACUCCAGUGUACAAGGACAAGAUCGCUUCGGCGAAUUUUGUCGCUUCUUGCUCGGGUCCGCCACUGUCUGCUCCCGACGCCUUGUUGGAGGCUCAAAACUACCGUGAAACCGCUGCUGGCCUAUUCUACUAUCGUUUCCAUAUUCUACUAUCGUUUCCAUAUUUGCUUGCUAAUGAUUCUCGUUCUAUUUCAGGCCUUCCAUUCGAUGAAUUCCAUGAAGCUGAGGCGUUGGCCAAGGCCGAGAAGGUGGAGCAAUUGAAAGCUUCUGAGGAUAGCCUGCGGACUCAGAGAAAGCUUGAGGCCGAGGUCGAACGACUCCAUCGGUUAUUUAACGAAGAGAAGGCUCUCCGGGAGAAGGAGAUUGUCAGAGAAAGGAGGGCAGCCAAAAGGGAGUUUGCCGAGAAGGUCAGGGCUAUCGAGGCGAAGAUGGACCAGUUCGGGGAGGUAUCCACGCGCUACAUGUACUUGGUGCAAGCGCGGGCCAAUGCCGAGCUGAUAGCCGAGCUGGAGGAAGGGAAAAAGGUAGAAGAUGAGAAGGCCGAGGUCCUUCAAUGGACGGCUGAGUAUGGGGACGCCGAGGAUGAGUACGUCCGUCUAGGGACCGAGCUGCGAGAGGACUUGAAGCUUCCUCCGGUUUCCCCGGACUCUGUCGACGAUAGCUUCGGGAACCGUUCGAUCGAAGGCGCCGCGGCUGCGAUAGGCGUUGCCGACCAGUCUGGUUCGAACUGA